GCCCGAGGCGAGAGCGGCGGUGGCAGCGGAUCUGCAGCGCUGGAGGAGGCGGCGACCGGCCGCGGCGGGAGGCGGUGGCGUAGGGGCCUCGGCGUUCUCUGAUCGGACAGACCCGUAGCGAAGAAGGAAGUCCGGUCCCGAAGCACGAGCUAGAGAAAGGAGGAUGCCGAUUUAACCCGCCCUCUCCUUGGAGCCCGGGUGCCGGGAGCUCGCCUCCGUGCCCGCCGCCGGAGCCUCCGACCUGCGUCCGGGGAAGUGCCGCCUGGGGCAGGGACGCUGAGGCUUGGAGUUCGGGAUCUCGCCGCACCGGGGCGGGCGCGGGAGCCCGGUGUGGGAGUUGGCAGAGUUUCGGCAGCGCCUUCGGCGCUGGAGUUGGGGGCGCGGCGCGCCUGGUGGACCGCCUCAGUGCCCUCCUUAGGCGCGAGUUAUGGAAACCCCCAGCUGCAUUCAGGAUGAGCCGUUUCCGCACCCCCUGGAGCCCGAGCCGGACGCCCCUUCGCAGUCAGCCCCGGGGAAACCCGGCGAGAAGCGAUUCCGAUUGUGGUACGUAGGGGGGUCGUGCCUGGACCGCAGGACCACGCUGCCCAUGUUGCCCUGGCUCAUGGCCGAAAUCCGCCGGCGCAGCCUGAGGCCGGAGGCGGGCGGCUGCGGGGCGCCGCCGGCCCGCGAGGUGCUCCUGGUGCUGAGCGCGCCCUUCCUGCGCUGCGUCCCCGCGCCGGGCGCUGGGGGCCCCGGCCCCGCAGCCGCUCAGCCCAACCCAGCCGUGUUCAUCUUCGAGCACAAGGCGCAGCACAUCUCGCGCUUCAUCCACAACAGCCAGGACCUCACCUACUUCGCCUAUCUGAUCAAGGCGCAGCCCGACGACCCCGAGUCGCAGAUGGCCUGCCACGUUUUCCGCGCCACAGACCCCAACCAGGUUCCUGAUGUUAUCAGCAGCAUAAGGCAGUUGUCUAAAGCUGCCAUGAAAGAGGAUGCCAAGCCCAGCAGAGAUAAUGAAGAUGCCUUUUACAACUCUCAGAAGUUUGAAGUCUUGUACUGUGGAAAGGUGACAGUCACCCACAAGAAGGUCCCGUCAAGCCUCAUUGACGACUGCAUUGAAAAGUUCAGCCUGCACGAACAGCAGCGCCUCAAGAUCCAGGGUGAGCAGCGGAGCACGGAUCCCAGCGACGACUUGGUGGUCUUGGAGGCCGAGGUGCCUAGCUCACCCAGAGACAGCCUGUUGGAGGAAAUAGAUGGCAUCCCCAAUACCCACUCUGGCUUACCCACCGUGGCCAGCCAGCCUGCUCUGUUCAGCUCUCGAGUCUGCUUCCCUGAGCGGAUCUUGGAAGAUUCUGGCUUUGAUGAGCAGCAGGAGUUCCGGUCUCGAUGCAGCAGUGUCACUGGAGUCAUGCAAAGGAAAGUUCACGAGAAUAGCCAGAAAGCACAGCCACGAAGGAGGCAUGCCAGUGCUCCCAGUCACGUUCAGCCCUCGGAUUCAGACAAGAACAGAACAAUGCUCUUUCAGGUUGGACGAUUUGAGAUUAACCUUAUCAGUCCAGACACUAAAUCGGUUGUGCUUGAAAAGAAUUUUAAAGAUGUCUCCUCUUGUUCUCAGGGUAUAAAGCAUGUGGAUCACUUUGGAUUUAUCUGCCGGGAGUCUCCAGAGCCUGGGCUGAGCCAGUAUGUUUGUUAUGUGUUCCAGUGUGCAAGUGAAUCCCUGGUUGAUGAGGUAAUGCUGACUCUGAAACAGGCUUUCAGCACGGCUGCUGCCCUGCAGAGUGCCAAGACCCAGAUUAAGCUGUGUGAGGCAUGCCCUAUGCACUCUCUGCAUAAACUAUGUGAAAGGAUCGAAGGUCUCUACCCCCCAAGAGCCAAGCUGGUAAUACAGAGGCAUCUCUCAUCUUUGACAGAUAAUGAGCAAGCUGACAUCUUUGAACGAGUUCAGAAAAUGAAGCCAGUCAGUGACCAGGAAGAAAAUGAACUUGUGAUUUUACAUCUGAGGCAGCUGUGUGAGGCCAAGCAGAGGACACAUACUCACAUUGGGGAAGGCCCCUCGACUAUUUCAAAUAGUAUAAUCCCAGAAAAUGCGACAAGCAGUGGGAGGUUCAAACUUGACAUUCUGAAAAAUAAGGCUAAGAGAUCCUUAACCAGUUCUCUGGAAAAUAUCUUCUCAAGGGGAGCUAACAGAAUGCGAGGCCGGCUUGGAAGCAUGGACAGCUUUGAACGGUCCAACAGUCUUGCUUCAGAGAAGGACUACUCCCCAGGAGACUCCCCACCAGGAACACCACCAGCCUCCCCACUGUCCCCAGCUUGGCACACCUUCCCUGAAGAGGAUUCUGACUCCCCACAGUUCCGAAGACGGGCACACACAUUCAGCCACCCACCUUCAAGCACAAAGAGAAAGCUGAAUCUACAGGAUGGGAGGGUGCAUGGUGUGUGCUCCCCUCUUCUGAGACAGAGUUCCAGCGAACAGUGCAGUGAUGGAGAAGGGAGAAAAAGGACCUCAUCGACCUGCAGCAAUGAGUCCCUAAGCGCUGGAGGAACCCCUGUCACUCCUCGACGAAUCUCCUGGCGGCAGCGCAUUUUUCUCAGGGUUGCUUCUCCCAUGAACAAAUCUCCCUCAGCAAUGCAGCAGCAAGAUGGACUGGAUAGGAAUGAGCUGCUGCCACUGUCCCCUCUUGCUCCAACCAUGGAGGAGGAACCACUUGUUAUAUUCUUGACUGGUGAUAAUGACCCAGAAAAGGUUGAAGAAAGAAACAAAUCAGAAGAACUAAGGAGUCUGUGGAGAAAAGCUAUACACCAACAAAUCUUGCUGCUUCGAAUGGAGAAGGAAAACCAGAAGCUUGAAGCAAGCAGAGAUGAACUCCAGUCCAGAAAAGUUAAAUUAGACUAUGAAGAAGUUGGUGUAUGCCAGAAGGAGGUCUUAAUAACCUGGGAUAAGAAGUUGUUAAACUGCAGAGCUAAAAUCAGAUGUGAUAUGGAAGAUAUUCAUACUUCUCUUAAAGAAGGAGUUCCCAAAUGUCGACGAGGAGAAAUUUGGCAGUUCCUAGCUUUACAGUAUCGUCUGAGACACAGAUUGCCUAAUAAACAACAACCUCCUGACAUAUCAUAUAAAGAACUUUUAAAGCAGCUCACUGCUCAGCAGCACUCUAUCCUUGUGGAUUUAGGGAGAACAUUUCCUACUCACCCUUACUUUUCAGUACAACUCGGAGCAGGACAGCUGUCGCUCUUUAACCUCCUGAAAGCCUAUUCUUUGCUGGACAAAGAAGUCGGUUACUGCCAGGGGAUCAGCUUUGUGGCUGGAGUCCUGCUUCUGCACAUGAGUGAAGAGCAAGCCUUUGAAAUGCUGAAGUUCCUCAUGUAUGACCUCAGCUUCCGCAAGCAGUACAGACCCGACAUGAUGUCACUGCAGAUCCAAAUGUACCAGCUGUCAAGGCUCCUUCAUGACUAUCACAGAGAUCUCUACAAUCAUCUUGAAGAAAAUGAAAUCAGCCCCAGUCUUUAUGCUGCCCCCUGGUUCCUCACAUUGUUUGCUUCUCAAUUUCCAUUAGGAUUUGUAGCCAGAGUUUUUGAUAUAAUUUUUCUUCAGGGAACUGAAGUUAUAUUUAAGGUUGCACUCAGCCUACUGAGCAGCCAAGAGACACUUAUAAUGGAAUGUGAAAACUUUGAAAAUAUUGUGGAGUUUCUUAAAAACACCCUACCUGAUAUGAAUACAUCUGAAAUGGAAAAAAUUAUUACACAGGUUUUUGAGAUGGACAUUUCUAAACAGUUACAUGCCUAUGAGGUGGAAUAUCACGUGCUGCAGGAUGAGCUUCAGGAAUCUUCAUACACCUGUGAGGAUAAUGAACCUGUGGAGAAGCUGGAGAGGGCCAAUAGCCAACUGAAAAGACAAAACAUGGACCUCCUGGAAAAAUUACAGGUGGCUCAUGCUAAAAUCCAAACCUUGGAAUCAAACCUGGAAAAUCUUUUGACCAGAGAGACCAAAAUGAAAUCUUUCAUCCGGACCCUAGAACAAGAGAAAAUGGCAUAUCAGAAGACAGUGGAGCAAAUCCGGAAGUUGCUGCCAGCAGAUGCCCUAGCCAGCUGCGAAUUGCUGCUGAGAGACCUAAACUGCAACCCUAAUAACAAAGCCAAGACAGGAAGUAAGCCAUAAUGUAAGAAGUGCCAUUUCAGUAGUAAGUGCUACUUAGAGUACUAAGGAAAAGAAGAGUUUAUAUGCUGGCUGAACGCUGAACACUGAGGCUGAUGGAACCGUCUAACACCGGUGCUGAGCCUCAAGUCAUAGCUGGUGGACUGCGUGCUCUUAGAGUCUGCGAACCCUAAGCCAUUGUACAGAUGUAGGCUGGCUGGUGGUGGUGGACAGCUAUGUACAUGUAUACAGAAAGUACAUGAACGAUUCAUGCUUUCAGAGAAAAUAGGUGUAUAUUUAGAGCAAUUUUUUAGUCAAAACUUCAUGAAAUCCACACCAAAGGGAAGUUAAAGUGAAAUUCCCCUUGGAGAUACGUCAAAUCUUUUGUUGUCUUUGUAGUGAAACAAAACUAGAGCAUCUUUGUAUAUUGAAAUAUACUUGAAAAAAAUGAAUGUAUUUUUUUCCUCCAAAGAACAGCAUGUUUCAGUCAGUGGUGGAGAGAGGGGGAAGGGUGGAAACAUUUAUGUAACUUUAUAUGUACCUGUCUUAAAGUCUACCGACAUUGUAUAUGAGGGGAAUCGACUGAUUGGCAGUCACGCCCCUGUGGGUAUUUCAGGAAGUUGGGAGCAUUGCUGUCCUGCCUGCCUUGUACCAACUAGCAUGUUGCGCCCACAUGCAUUUUGAGUCUGGUUCGUCAUUACUUGAGAUGUGUGUAAGGAGAAACCGAGACCCACGUUAAAGGAGAAAGUUGCUAAUUUUCUAGCAAAUUAGACCAGCAUUGUUACUCAAACCAAAAGCAUCAGACAUAAAACAUUUAAUUUGGGACCUAAAUUGUCUAGGUUAGCUUUCUACCAUUUUAUUUAAAUUACUCCUACAGUUGUGAAUUGACUCCUCUUUACUUGGUGCCAUGGUCAGUGGCAACCGUUUGCCAUUUUCCCACCCAAAAGUAAGAGCUCUUAGUUUACUUCUCUCUCUACCUUAAGUGAAGGAUGAGGAAAUGCAAUUAUGAUUGGUUUUCUAAAGAGAACAUGCUGGGUUGAGAUACCGUGGUUUUUUGGGGUUUUUUUGGUCAAUUGAAAGAAUCUAAUAAACUCUAAUUAAAUUUCCUUUUCAUGUAAAAACUUAUAUAGGAACUGUGAAGUGUUUAAGAGCAAACUUUGUUGAACUCCAUUGGAAGGGAAGGGGAAAGUGGCACCGAGGCCAUGUGAAAACCUAGGGUUCAGCAUUUAGACUCCCAACUUCCUCAGCCCACAGACAGCUGAUCAGAGAACAUUCCUGCAUGCUGGGUGUAUGGAAGGACAGUGAUUUUCGGAGUACACACGCAGUUGUCUGUUUCAGAGAUGAUUCUACCAUGGUGCCUCUGAAAGUUAAUGCAGCAUUUUUGCCUUUCCAAACAAGAUUUACCAUCCCUGCUUUUUGCAGUGCCUGUAUUAUCACAGGUGGACUAGCUGAGUUAAUUUCCUUCAAAGGGAAUUUGUUAUACAACAAAGUUGAAAUUUUAUCAUAGGGUAGAAGAUUAAAGCACUAAAGCUUUUGGAAAACUCUCAACAAAGUUGAAAUUUUAUCAUAGG